AUGUCAUCGUUGUGCGACUGCACAAAGCACAACUGAACUAAGCAAGUGGAUGCAAUGCUGAAGAAGUCAGCCAAAGAGUCUGAGUUAUGAUUGCACUUCAGCGGGCUCUCAAAACCCAUUUCGGGUUCGAUAAGUUCCGCUCACAGCAGCAAGAAGAUGUCGUCAAAGCAGUUAUCAGAGGUGACCAAGAUGUGUUGGUGUGCAUGCCGACGGGUGCGGGCAAGUCUCUGUGCUACCAGCUCCCCGCGGUCAUGUCGGAGGGGAUCACCCUGGUCAUCUCCCCCCUGAUCGCCCUCAUCCAGGAUCAGGUGGACCACCUGCGUGACCUUAACAUCCCCGCCUGCUCCAUCAACUCCAAGCUGCCGGCUGCGGAGCGGCGGUCGAUCAUGUCGGACCUGGCGUCGGCGCGCCCCACGCUGAAGCUGCUGUACAUCACGCCGGAGAUGGUGGCGUCGCCCGUCUUCCAGCCCAGCCUGGGCGACCUGAGCGCCCGCGGCCUGGUGGCACGGCUGGCCGUCGACGAGGCACACUGCGUCUCACAGUGGGGGCACGACUUCCGGCCCGACUACCUGCGCCUGGGGGAUGUGCGUGAGCGCCUGCUGCCCGGAGUGCCGUGCGUGGCACUGACUGCCACCGCCCCCGAGCGCGUGCGCCAGGACAUCACCAGCUCCCUGCGCCUCCGUGAGCCGCGCCACUACGCCUUGCCCGUCUUCCGUGCCAACCUGCGGUACGACGUCAUCUUCAGCGAGCUGCUGCCCGACCCAAACACACACCUGGCCACGUUCGCUCAGGACGCAUUCAAGGAGGGAGGGAAGGGUUGUGGGAUUGUAUACUGCAGAACCAGAGAUUGCUGUGAAGAAGUGGCCCACAAACUCACCAAACUGGGAGUCCAGGCCAAACCCUACCAUGCAGGGCUGAAGUCAGCAGACCGUCUCCAGGCCCAGAUAGACUGGACGGAGGGGAGGCUUCCUGUUAUCGUGGCAACCAUCAGCUUUGGGAUGGGCGUGGACAAGGCAAACGUCAGGUUCGUGGCCCACUGGAACCUGGCGAAGUCUCUGGCUAGUUACUACCAGGAGUCUGGCCGCGCCGGGAGAGACGGCCUCCCCUCCUCCUGCAGGACCUACUACUCCCACAGGGACAAGGAGCAGAUGGCCUUCCUCAUUAACAAGGAGGUCGCACGCAAACAGGCGAAGAGAGGUGCUGAGAAGGAGCGGGACAAUUCAGCUCUAAAGGAUUUCCAAGCUAUGGUGUCCUACUGUGAACAGGAGGGGUGUCGCCACGCCACCAUCUCGGCGUUCUUCGGCGACGCGACGCCGGUGUGUGCGGGGGCGUGUGACUUCUGCCGGGACCCGAAGGCGGUGCGGGCCCAGUUGGCGCGGGGGGCAGCACGCCACAGCACACACACCGGACCCGCCAACAGGGGACCCAGCGGCCCGUUUGGGUACGACAAAGACCUCUACGCUGGAGGGAGGAAGGGCUACGGCUUUGAGAGGUUUGAUGAGGAGGACGGGGGAGGAGGUGAAGGAGACGAGUCUGACACACGCAAGAAAGAAUUUCAGGACGUCUUCAAGAAACAGAUGAACCUACGCAAGGGUUUUGGUUCUGAUGCCCCUAGAAAUCACUUCAUACCCCCAGAUGAUGAUUGUCCACUGAUGGAGGCCAGCAGCCAGAAAAUCCCCAAACUCACCGUUAAGGCGAGAGAGUACUGUCUGUCCCUGCUCAAGGAGUCCCUAAACCUCCAGAAGGGGGAAGAAGACAGCUCCGAAACACUGGCCUUGGCUGUGGAUAUUGAGCAUGAAGUCUUCAGGUCCUGCAAGAAAGCCAACCUGUACAAGGCCUAUGUGCUGAAGAGAGUGGGAGAGCUGAAGAAAGGGGCCAGUGGGGCGUCGUCGCCCCGUGUGGCCGGGAGUGGAAGUGCAGGCGGCUGCAAAGUUAAAACUGAACCGACCGAGGCCGGUGAGGAAGCAGCAGCCUCGUCUUCCUCUUCGUCCGCGGUGACAGAAGAGCAGUACGACCUCACGCCGGCCUCACAGAUCUACUCCCUCCAGCUGAAGAGGAAGCGUAUUGGCGCGGGCCUCAGGGGGUCGUCCAACCCUUUCCAGACGGCCAAUGAGCUUCUCAAAGGCCAGUGUGACUCCGCCCCCACAGGAGCCUCAGCCAAAGAGGAUGAAGAAGAGGAGGAGGGGGAGCGGCCUGAGAGGAAGAGCGCGAGGGCGGGGCCUAAAGAGGUCACGACCUCUAUCCGUGCCAAGGCAAAUGCGGUGGCGGCCAAUCAGGGCAGCCCCAGCAAGAGAGGGGGGCGGGGCUUAAGCAAGAAGCAGCAGAAGCUUGCUGAGGUUGCCAAGGAGACACGCAGCAUCUCCUCGUUCUUCAAGAAGAAAGACACACACACACACACACACACACACACAAAGACACACUCCGACUCAGAGGCAGACACACCCACAAAAUCAGACGGAUCCGAACACACUGCAACACACACUAACGCUCGCACACACGCUGUGACACACACUAACGCUCACACACACACUGUAACACACACUGCCACACACACAGUUAAGGUGAAAGAGGAGCCACUGGAGGAGGAAGUUAAACACACAGUAUCCACACACACGACCUGCGGUGAUGGGGGCAGCCGGAACGGUUUACAGACCGUUCCCCCAGACACAGUCGUCAUGGAGAGGGUUGCCACGGGGGUGGUUGCUAUGGAGACGAGUCCAGCGAGAGGGGAUGCUCCCAGGUUAGAAGAGUCUGGAGGUCGGGCAGUCACCGUGGGAUACAACAGGGAGAAUAAAGUGAAGGAGGAGGCAGAAGAGUCCCCGGAGACCAAGUCGCCCCCCUCCAAACUGGCACAGCGCCACCCUGCCGACACUCGCAGGAGGGUGACCUUUAACCCCAGCGUGCAGGAGCAGCGCUUCGAGACAGGAAGUGAUGCGGCGGCUGUGGCGGCGGCGGCGCGUGUGGCUACGCUGAAGGAGGCUGCGGACGCCGUGGUGAAGUAUCUGGACCCGCACUACAAACAGGGACGCUUCGCCUCAAGAGAGCUCUUCAAGGCCUUCGCCAAACACAUGUCACACCUGCUCACUGGGACACGGCUCAGCACGGUUAAAGUGAAGUGCGAGGCGAAGCGUCUGAUAAAGUGCUUCUUCGGAAAGGUGCAGCGUUGUGAGCGAGAAAGCGACUGGGCGUUUCUCAAAGAAGAACUACACUCCAUCAAAACGGAGGAGAGAUGACCUCACACACACACACACACACACACACACACACAGAGACUAUA